AUGAAUAAUAGUAGCCAAGAAAAAAAUAGUGUGGAUUAUCUGAGCGAUGAUAUUCGGAAGACUGCACUGUACAAAAUUAGGCCAAUCAUUUUACAUGGAUAUGUCCUGCCUUUCAUUGUGUUUUAUUUUUGUUGGGCGUACGUUUGGAUGUUGGUGUUGGGGGUGUCUGAUUAUUUUGAAGCUGGUAUGAUUGGGUUCGCCAUAAUUGGUCUGCUUCAGACUCUAUGCUGUCUGUUUUGUUACUGGUUUGUUGAGGUCCGAUGUCUCUUAACUUGUUGUCUAGUGGAAGAUAUCUCAGAGGCAACUCAUGUCCAAGUGGUCCCAGCACCAAAUAAUGGGUACUCUGAAUUGGUUACCCUUCAAAAACAACAGGAAACAAACGAACUGAUGUACUGGUUUGAAUUUCAGAAGACGGUCUUUAUCUACGAUUCCAAAGAGAAGAAGAGAUUUGCCGAGGUAACCUACCCCACAGACUGGUCCAUGCAGAGGUAUAUGGAUUGGAAGGGCUAUCAGGAAGAUGAAGAGGUCAAGAGGGCAGAGAAACACUAUGGGCAUAACAAUCUCCAAAUGGACAUCCCGAAGUUCAUCGACCUCUUCAAAGAGCGAGCCACAGCCCCCUUUUUUGUAUUUCAAGUUUUCUGCGUCGGACUCUGGUGUCUGGACGAAUAUUGGUAUUACAGCAUCUUCACGCUUGUAAUGUUGAUUGUAUUCGAGGCCACUUUGGUUCAGCAGCAGUUGAAAAAUAUGACGGAAAUAAGAAAGAUGGGUAACAAGCCAUACAUGAUUCAGGUUUUUAGAAAUAGAAAAUGGCGGCCGGUAAUGAGUGACAUGCUGGUUCCUGGGGACAUUGUCUCCAUUGUUCGAAGCCAGGAAGACCGAUUGGUCCCGUGUGACAUGUUGCUACUGAGAGGUCCGUGCAUUGUGGAUGAGUCCAUGCUGACUGGAGAGUCCGUGCCUGUCAUGAAGGAGCCAGCAGAAAAUUUGGACCAGAGUGAAGUUUUCAAUUUUGAAAGCCACGGCAAGCUGCACGUUCUCUACGGGGGCACAAAGGUCGUCCAACAUACGCCCCCCAAUAAGAGCAGUUCCGGCAUCAAAGCCACAGAUAAUGGUUGUGUAGCAUUUGUACUGAGGCAUGGCUUCAGCACUUCUCAGGGAAAACUUCUGAAAACAAUUUUGUUUGGCGUUAAGCAGGUAACGGCUAACAACAUGGAAACGUUUAUGUUCAUCCUGUUCUUACUGUUCUUUGCGAUUACAGCUGCCUCUUACGUCUGGAUUGUUGGAAGCAGAAACCCAUCCCGAAACAAGUACAAACUCUUCCUUGAGUGCACGCUCAUCUUGACGUCUGUGGUACCACCGGAGCUGCCGAUCGAGUUGUCGCUGGCUGUCAACACAUCGUUACUAGCGCUCUCUAAAUUAUACGUCUACUGCACCGAGCCAUUCAGGAUCCCGUUCGCUGGCAAGGUUGAUGUCUGCUGCUUUGACAAGACUGGCACACUGACCAGUGAUGACUUUGUCGUCCAGGGGAUCGCCGGCGUCAAGGAAAGUGGCGAUGGCGAAGAGAGAUUAUGCUCAGCUUCUGAAGCUCCUCUGGCGACGACACAAGUCCUGGCCACGUGUCAUUCCUUGGCUCAAUUGGAUGACUCGCUUGUCGGUGACCCACUCGAGAAAGCCACCCUCAAUGCUAUUCAAUGGAAUCUUACUAAAGGUGAUGCAGUCGUUCCCCGGAAGUCGAGUCGUAACAUGCACGGAUUGAAGAUCUACCAUCGUUUCCAUUUCUCCAGUGCCCUGAAGCGCAUGUCAGUCAUUGCAGGCCACACCCCCACCGGCGAUGUCAACGUCGAAUACAUCGCUACUGUUAAGGGGGCUCCAGAAGUCGUCAAAUCUAUGCUGGUAGAUGUGCCAGACGACUUUGACGCCACGUACCUCAACUUUGCACGGCAAGGGGCUCGAGUCCUGGCACUUGCACACAAACACAUGGGCAAUAUGAGUCAUCAGAUGGUUCGAGAUUUGACUCGUGAUGAAGUCGAACGCGGUCUCAACUUCGUUGGUUUUCUCAUCAUUUCAUGCCCACUCAAGUCCGAUUCCAAAGCUGUUGUUAAGGAAAUUUUACAUGCGUCUCACCAUGUGGUGAUGAUAACAGGUGAUAACCCACUGACAGCUUGUCACGUUGCGUCAGAGUUGAGAAUGACGAAGAAGCAACAACCGGUACUCAUACUUACCCAUCAGCCUGAUGAACAAGAGUGGAAGUGGCUAUCAAUUGAUGAAUCACUCAGCAUUCCAAUCAUUCAGAAAGAUAGGAAAUCAGAGAAAAAUUUCAUCGCCAGUUAUAACCUGUGUCUAACUGGGGAGGGCUUAGAUUAUCUAGUAAAGAACCACACUGGUCUGUUCGACAGACUCCUGCCCGCUGUCAGGAUACAUGCCCGAGUGGCCCCCAAGCAGAAGGAGUUCAUCAUCACAUCCCUGAAAAAAUUAGGAUUCGUUACUCUGAUGUGUGGAGAUGGGACGAAUGAUGUUGGUGCUCUCCGGCAUGCUGAUGUUGGAGUUGCCCUGCUGGCCAAUGCCCCUGAAAGGAUUCCAGAUUUCAAGAAGAAGAAGGAAGAGGUACCUUCAGGCUCCUCAGGCGGGCCCAAACAUCCGACUAGUCUGAUGGUCGGUUUGACGGCCAGGACGGGGAAAUUAGCUUCCUCAUCAUCUGGACAUCAUCAUCGUGGUAGUGGUGGUGGGUUGAAAGAUAGAACGAAAGCUGGGGCAAGAUCGUCGACAUCACCUGCUGCUGCUGCUGCUGCUUCCAAUGAUGCACAUGCUGAGGAGAGCAACAACAAUCCUCAUCUAUCUGCAUCGCAAAAAAAAGUCGCGGAUCUGCUGAGGAAAAUAGAGGAAGAGGAGAAAGCUCAGGUCGUCAGACUGGGAGAUGCCAGCAUCGCCUCGCCAUUCACGUCCAAGCUGUCCACCACCUUAUGCGUCUGCCACAUAAUCAAGCAAGGCCGUUGCACCCUGGUAACUACCCUCCAGAUGUUCAAGAUCCUGGCCCUGAAUGCCCUCAUACUGGCAUACAGUCAGAGUGUCCUCUACCUUGAUGGGGUAAAGUUCAGUGACACGCAGGCCACGAUGCAAGGGUUGCUGCUGGCCGGUUGUUUCUUGUUCAUCUCCAGGUCUAAGCCGUUGAAUGUGCUGUCAAAAGAAAGGCCACUCCCAAACAUAUUCAACCUGUACACCAUUGCUACUGUUCUCUGCCAAUUUGCCAUUCAUUUCUCCUGUCUGGUGUUUCUGAAGGGCGAAUCUGAAUCAAGGAUGGAACCUAGAACGGAGGAAUUCCCGAAUUUGGAGGAGGAUUUUAAGCCGAACCUCAUAAACACUGUCAUUUACAUCAUUUCGAUAUCCAUGCAAAUCACAACUUUUGCUGUUAACCACAAGGGACACCCAUUUAUGGCCGGGCUACACGAGAACAAGCCUCUUCUCUACAGUUUGUUGAUCUCUGCUGCUGUCGUCUGCUCGCUAGCCGCUGGGAUCCUGCCAGAACUAGCUACACACGUUGAGCUGAUUACGCUCGAAGCUGAGUUCAGAAAUUUGAUCUUGCUCGUGCUAUUUGGGAAUUUCCUAGGCUCCUUCAUUGUGGAUAGGAUCCUGCAGUUCAUUCUCUGUAGAAAUACAUCUAGACCCUCUAUAUCCUAACCAUAUAACUAGAUUCAUAAUAUUAUAUAUAAUACAUAAUUAUAUAUAACUAUAUAAAUUUUAUAGUUAUAUAUAUUACAUAUUUAAUUGCAGUUUGUGUGUUCGUGUCCGUUUGUGUGUUUAUCUGUCUGUCUUUAUAGCUGUCUGUUUAUUUGUCUUGCGUUGCGUGUGUGCGCGUGCAUUAAUUAUGUUAAUUUAUUAUAAUUGUAAUGGUUGUAAUAUGCCUACUUGAGUGUUUGCAUGCAGUAAUAUUUAUGGAUUUACUUUUUAGGGAAUUUAUCUUGUUAAGGAAUUUAUUCAUUUUUUGUUGAUUGAUGCUAAUUGUGCUAAUUAAAUUCUUUGAUAAAUAUGAUUUUUGUCUAUUUUAUUAUGGUUUAUUUAUUUAUUCAUUAUGUUAGCAAUAGUUGUUAGGUAAAUAAUUGUUAAAAUUAUUAGAAAUUACUCAAAAUAUUAAUUAUGUAUAAUUCGAUUAACCAGUUUGAGUAAUGAAAAAAUUCGUUUUGAUGUG